AUGGGCGCCUUGCUGCGGCGCCUGGCGAAGCCUGCGUCGCCAGGGCCCCGCGCGUGCCAGCGCCUCGAGACCUGGAAGGCGGAGAAGCUGGCGGCGGCGCAAGGUGAGUGCACCUUCCAGCCGGACCUCUCCAGAAGCUCCAGCCCACGUCCCUGCGUGGAGAUUCCGGACCUGGAUUAA